AUGGAACACGACCAACCCAGCCGGCACCCAAGACACGCCCGCAAAGCACCUCGCGGCUUCGGCCACCCCCUGAAUCAAACUAAUCAAUUAGCCGACCACGGGGGCCCAAAGUACCACACAUGUCCGUUACUCUACUCCAUAUUACACGCAAAAACACCAGGGGAACUCGGAAGGAAGACCGGAACAAGACGGAGAGAGGAUACUGAGGACCUGUACCUCCACCAUGUCUUAGCAUACCCCCAUGCAGACGAGUCCCGGAUUGCUAUGGUCAGGGCGGAAUCAUCGCCGGUCUGA